CAACAUGCACUUCAAUGACUUCAGCUUUGAGCUAGCUUUGACCACGUACUACUCUACAUGACAUUCCAACCUCAAUAUGUCUAUUUUACAGAUAUACAUUUGGACAUGUACUAUUAUAUUUUUUCCAGGUCUUCCAACUUGGGGAAUGCUGUCUGACUUCAAACUCUGUGGAGAUUCUGAGUGUGAAAGCUUGCUGAGUCGUGUCAGGGCCACAACAGAUCACAGUGGAAAGGACUGUAGAUUCCUGACCUUCAAAAGAGGCGAUGUUAUAUUUGUUUACCACAAACUCUCUGGCAAAAGAGAUGAUCUAUGGGCAGGAAGUAUCGACAGACGAUUUGGGUAUUUCCCAAAAGAUGCUGUGAAAGUUGAUGAAAUUUAUGCAAACACAGAAAAAGAAGUGGCUACACAGAAACAGGACUUCUUCUGCAUGAAUGAGGAUGGCACAUUCAUUGAUAAUGAUUCCAGUGAGUGGAUCAGUGAAGAACAUCUAGAUUCAGAAUUUCAAGAAAGUAUCACCAGUAACACCCAGGAUUCUAGAACUUCCAAAGAUGAUUUUGUCUCCCAACAUUCUAAACUGAGAAUUUAUGAAACAGGAAAAGACACCAAUGAAGCCGGAACAAAAAAAUCUGACAAUACCAAACCUGCAGAUAGUGAAAAAGGUGGGUCUCACUGGAUUGGUUCAACUAUAACUGGAUGGCUUGGUAUAGAUGGUGAAAAUCUGGAUGACAAUCCUAAAGAAGACAACCCAGAACAGGAAUCUUUCAGAAGCAGGAAACUGGCUUUAGACAUUGAGGGGAACCAAUUGGAGGAAGAGGCUGAUAAGUCGGGCUGGUUGGGAGAUGGACUGGCUAGCACCUUCGGUUUUGGUCAAAAAGCUCCAGAGGAGGAUGUUAAAAAGAAAGUGGAAGAGCAAGCCCCAACAUCUAACUCCUGGUUGAAUAUUGGCAUUAAAGAUGUUUUGAAUUUUGGUCAAGGUAAUCAGGAUGAAGUAGAAGAGAGUGUAAUAGCAGCAGAUAGAGUGGAACUAAUUGAUCCAGAUGAACUGACGGGUACAUCAAAUCAGUUUCAUCAUGAUGCUGAAGUGGAGCCAGUCGAUGAAACAGAGCGUCAAAGAGAUGACAACACUGGUAAGGAAACAGCAGGAGCAGACACUCAAUCCUCCAAAGCUGUUGAGAAUUAUGACCAAGAGGACCAUCAGGAAGAUAUAAAAAAAGAGAAAGACGGAGGGUGGUAUGACAGCAUCUACAGUAACAUUGCAGGCUUUUAUGGGGGACAGCAUGAUGAAGAGGCAGAGGCAGAGGAGGAUAUAGUUAUUGCUCAGGAUAAAGAUAUCAGCGUUCAAUCCCAAACACAGUCUAAGUCUGCGUUCUUCUCGUCCACGUUUGACACUCUGGCAUCACCAUUUCAGGUCGACACACCUAACAAUGAUAAAAAAAAACUAAGUGAUAUGGUGAAAGAUUUAAAACAAGCAGACGCAGAGAUCUCGACUGCUCAGACGACUAUCCUGGCUGAUUCUACUGAGGAAUCUAAAGGGAGAAAGAAUGAUGACAACAGCAGUGAGGCUCCAGAUUCACAUCCAUUAGGUAUAGAACAAAUUCCGAAUAUUACAGAAGAACAGGAUGCAGUUAAACAGCUACUUACAACUGGCAAGGACAUGUCUUCGCCCUCUGACCCUAAAUUACAGGACUCAACUCAAACACUGAAUAUUGAAGUUGAUCCUAAAAAAACUACAGCUGAGUUCAAUGACAAUGAUGAGCAUGAUUGUGAAGGUAGAUUGGAGUUAGAUGUCACCAUAAAUGCACCUGUCAGUUCCCAUGGAGAUGUAAAAUUAAACCAGGUUGUUUUAGACAUUAAACCAGACAACAAGGAUGUAGAAAAACCCACAAUCCUCAAUGGGCUUUUGCAUUUAAGUGAAGAUGUGUCAAAUCACAACCAAGACAGUCCAGCUUCUGAACUUAACCUGGGUGACAUUGAUACUGAUCAUUCAGCUGAUCCGGAUGCUUCAGAAUGCUCAGAAAUUCAAAAUCUAUCAGACUCAAUUCCUAUUCAGACAAAAGCAGAAACACUGACAGAGCAGCUAGCUGAUAUAUCUGAGGACACGGCUGUAAUGUAUGCUGAGGUGAAGGACAAUGAUACAACAGGUACUGAUGUCACAUCUUAUCCGACAGUAGAGGACAGUAUUCUAGCAUCUCAGAGCCCGACAGAAGAGGACAGUGAUAAUCCAAUAAAAACGCAUGGUACAGAUGGUGCUUCACUGCUGGAGGUUAUCACGCUUGAUCCUUACUUGCAUGAUAGUCAAGAGGCGGAUAAAGCUGGAUCCAACAUUUUGCUGCCCCAGACUGAACCUGUCACUGAACAUUUGCCAGAAGAAGUAUAUUGUUUGAUGGCUUCUAACGAGGCUGGAGAAUGUAAAAACCAGAAUGACGAGGCAGUGGAUAAAACAAAUUCAACCUCGAUGAUAAACGUUAUUUCUAACUCUGAGGAAGUUAAGUCAAAUGAAAUGAAAGUUGUCGAUCAAAAGGAAUUCCUCUCCUCUGAUAAUUCCAGGGAGCAGCACAACCAUAAUCAAAUAGAUGACAUGGGUUUGAUUAAAAAGACGCAGGAUCCAGUGUUAGAUUUAACAACACUAAAUGCUGCCACUAAAAAUGACAAACUUUUACCUGACGAAGCUAAUAAUGAUGGGGAAAUUAUUGAGGCUGAGCGAAUAGAAGCAGGGAAGAUUUUUCAAGUUGAAAGUGACCAUAGGGGUCAAGCUACAACACAUGUCUAUGAAAAUAUGCAGAGCCACUCCAGACCGGAUGUUAAAAUUGAAAGUCAUCCUGACAGCUCAGAAGUAAUUUCCCCUGAGACAAUAACAGAAAGUUUACUGAGAGAGACAGAAAUCCUUGAGGACACAGAUUUAAUUAAUGACCACGCAGAGUCCCAUGAAUGUCAAAAAGACAGUGACAAGGAAAACAUCUUGAUGGAUAGAUCCAGUGUGAUGUAUGACCAGAUGACAGCAAUUGAGGACAAUAAUCCGCAGCUAGAAGACUGGAAUCAGAUGAAUGAGAGUAAUCACAUUUUAUCAGUCCGCAGUCAGGAAAUACUUUCAAAAGUAACUCAAGAAUUAUAUAAUGACAUCAGUCUUGAGAAGAGAAAAGAGGACGUAGGCCCACAGGAUAGUGAAAACAACGAUGGGCAAAAUGGCUUUGAUCAGUUAUAUGCAGUCAGUCCGUUUCCUGCCAAUAAUGGGGCUAAUGAUGUCAUUACUCAGUCAGAUAGAUCAGUAGACCAUGAACCAAUGUAUUCAGGUGAGAAUUUCCUCUCACAUACUCUCUCUAAUUAUCAAGAAGAAACAGAUGCAAAGAGCACAAUUAGUGAUGAAGAUAAGAAGCAGACUUUUGAAAGUAUAGACGUGAGCGAGUUUCUAGAGAAUGUUGAGACAAAUUAUAAUCUGUCUAAUGAAUCCAUUCAAAAUGUUGAAAGAGAGAGUGACACUUCAGCUCCUUCAAGUGAAGUCAUUGGAAAUGAAGACAUACCAUCUGACCCAGUAGCAGGCCUAGACACCCCCCAAGAAGAAAUUAUGGACAUUUCAGUCAAAAAGAAUACUAUGAGUUUCUUUGAAAAUGCAAUUAACUUCUUCAUUCCAAUAACGGAUCCCAAAGACUUAGAAUUGAAGGGACAAGAAGAGGAAGAACAAGAAUCUCCAACACUUAUUCCUGACCUCGCUCUUGAUGAACCAGAACCACAGUCUCAGUCAGCUUCAGUAGAGGACUCUGAUAAUGCUACAUUUUUGAAAGAAUACAAGAAUAUCCUAAAGCACAUAACUGCAGAUGAGAUUACUAUUUUAUUGGACCUGUUUGGGAAACACAAACUCCUGUGGCUUGAUUACAUCCAAGAAAGCUCUGAGACUUCAAAUGAGGACAAAGAUAAUGAUAAUGACCUUGCUAUAUUAUCACACUUCGAAAAGCUUCUGAACUACCACAUGGAUGAGACAAAAACUGCUCUGGAUGGAUUAAUGGAGAAUAAAUACAAAUCAAGAAAACAUGUGUCACUGCAAAAACUAGAAAUACUCUUGUCAAACAUUAAAAAAAGAUUCCCCCCUAUGAAAGACCAUCAAGAUGAGGCAAACUGCAUCAAUGACAAUUGUUACAGUCGCAAGGAAAAUAAAGACCCAGCCGGCCUGAAGGGAGAACACAUCUCUACUCAGGGAGGCCAUUCAGACUGGCAGGUGGAUGGAAGCACCAGGAAUGGAGAUAGAAAUAAGCCUACAUGGGUGGAAUAUCUUUUGUCUUCUGCACGUCAAGUCACAUGUAGCACUAUUGCUCAGAUGCUGACAGUUAAGGCUUUUCUGAAAUGGCUAAUUACACAGGUUGCAUUAUCCCUUCCUGAUGACAUAAGGCCAGGUCCUGACCUGUACGGACUACCAUGGGAAGCUGUCAUCGUCACUGCUUUACUGGGGUUUGGCACCUUCCUAUUGUUCAGCUGCAGGUUUUAUCAAUGUAUAAAGAGCAGAAUGUAUUCAGGCAAAGAGAGGCGAAUGGGCAAAAAGGUGGCUGAACUUUUUGAUGAAAAGUGCAAGGUCCUUGAGACUUUGAGUGAGGUUCAACAGAAGUAUGAGAAAGUGGAAAUGGCCCUGCGGAGUAGUGGCGUUCUGGCUCAUACUGCAGAGCGAGAGAAUCUAGAGGUGAUGUCAGAGAGGCUAAAACAGUCAAAUACACGUCUUGGAAAUGAUAUUGAGAAGUUAAAGGAGGAUCUGGACGUCCAGAGAUUCAGGAGGUCCCAGCAGGAGAAGACAAUUGAAGAUAUGCAGGAAUCCUUGAAAACCUUAGAAGAAGAAACCAGGGACCUCCAGUCCAAGACAGAGCAGGCACAGACAACUCUAAAAAUAUAUGACAUGAACAAUGAGAGGAAUCAGAAUAAUCUUGAGGCAGCAAAAGAAGAGAAAGCCUUGCUCCAGGAGAAGAAUGCUCAGCUGUCCCAGGAGGCAGAGGGGUGGAGGGAGCGGAUGAGUGAGCUGGAUGAAGAAAUGAGGAUGUGUGAGAGCUCGUACACCGGAAUGCUGCAGGAUGCUAGCGACAAAGACGAGCGCAUCAAGAGUCUGACAGACUGCCUGUUGAAGAUGAAGGACUGGGACUCAUUGCUGGAGGACCGAGCCAACGGAGACGAGAAAAAUGGGACCCGAGGGGAGGAAAAUGGAGAGGGUCCAGAUAACUAUCAACGACAAAGAAUACAGAAACUCAUUGAUGCAGCUAAGAUGAAUGCAGACUUAAAGUCGGUGGAUGAAGACAAGGACAGGGUGUUUGCCAAGCUGGCAGAUGAAGUCAAAGCCAAGGAGGAUCUUCAAGAGGGAAUUAAGGUGCUGGAGAAUGAGAAGGAUUCUCUGCAGGCGGAGAGUGAAAGGUACACAGCCCAGGUGCAGAAACUCCAGCAGAAACUCCAGAUUAUGACUGAGAUGUACCAGGAGAAUGAGCUCAAACUACACAGGAUGCUGACGGUGGAGGAGAGGGAGCGUCUGCAGAAAGAGGAGAAGCUGUCCAAGGCUGACAGGAGCAUCAGUCUGGCGGUGGAGGAGCUCAGCAGUUAUAGGCAAAGGGCACAAGAUUUGGAGGAUGAGCUGGAGAAGACUAACCAGGCCUACAAAAUCCAGAUUACAUCCCAGGAAAAGAAGGCACACAACAACUGGCUAGCAGCACGAGCUGCUGACCGCGACCUGGCUGAUGUUAAAAGAGAGAAUUCACACCUCAGACAGAAACUGACUGAUACUCAGUUCAAGCUGGAUGUCGUGGAGAAAGACCCCUACGCUCUGGACAAUGUGGGCAGACCUUUCGGAGGUGAAAGGUCACCAUAUGGCCCCUCACCCUUGGGUCGCCUCACUUCUGAAAACAGAGCCUUCCUGUCUCCGCCCACCCUAAUGGAAGGUCCGCCACGCCUCUCUCCCAACUUCCCCCCCAUUGGACCAGGAGGCAGAGUAUCACGGGGCCUGGUAGAUCCCCCUAGUGGGGUGGACUCUGAUCGGAGUGGUGGUCCUCACUCUGACAGCGGCUCGUUGUCUCCUACCUGGGAAAGAGAUCGCAGGGGCCCACCUAUACCCCCUCCAGGCUAUAUGUAUCCAGAACCAGGCCCUCCCUACAGGAGACCCCCGCCCGGAGCUUUUCCCCUCGGGCCUAUGGGCCCCAUGGGCCCUCUCCCACCUAGAGGCCUAGGUCCUGCUGACACCCACAGUUUUGUGCCCCACCCUGGAGAUCCAUCUGACUUGCAGGCACAUAUAGGAAACAACAUGGGUCCUGAUGAAAAUGAAAGCGAUUCCAACCUAUCAGCACCUGGAGAUCUAAGAGACAUGAGAAUUCCCCCUGAUGCUGACAUGAGGAUGGGACCUCUUCCCCACCUACCCAUGGACCCCAGGGACCCCUACGGUGCACGCAGAGGCCCCCCAGGCCCUUAUGGACCCCCAGACUUUUUUCCUCUGCGAGGUCCAGCAGGGCCCCCCAUGGGCAUGAGAGGUCCACCUCCUCCAGGGAUACUAUCUAACAAUGUAACCGUUGUCUUGGCUGUAGUGAGAGGUCCACAUCCUCCAGGGAUACUAUCUAACAAUGUAACCGUUGUCUUGGCUGUAGUGAGGUUCACCUCCUCCAGGGAUACUAUCUAACAAUGUAACCGUUGUCUUGGCUGUAGUGAGGUUCACCUCCUCCAGGGAUAUUAUCUAACAAUGUAACCGUUGUCUUGGCUGUAGUGAGGUUCACCUCCUCCAGGGAUAUUAUAUAACAAUGUAACCGUUGUCUUGGCUGUAGUGAGGUUCACCUCCUCCAGGGAUACUAUCUAACAAUGUAACCGUUGUCUUGGCUGUAGUGAGAGGUCCACCUCCUCCAGGGAUACUAUCUAACAAUGUAACUGUUGUCUUUGUUGUAGUGAGAGGUCCACCUCCUCCAGGGAUACUAUCUAACAAUGUAACCGUUGUCUUGGCUGUAGUGAGGUUCACCUCCUCCAGGGAUACUAUCUAACAAUGUAACCGUUGUCUUGGCUGUAGUGAGGUUCACCUCCUCCAGGGAUACUAUCUAACAAUGUAACUGUUGUCUUGGCUGUAGUGAGAGGUCCACCUCCUCCAGGGAUACUAUCUAACAAUGUAACCGUUGUCUUGGCUGUAGUGAGGUUCACCUCCUCCAGGGAUACUAUCUAACAAUGUAACCGUUGUCUUGGCUGUAGUGAGGUUCACCUCCUCCAGGGAUAUUAUCUAACAAUGUAACCGUUGUCUUGGCUGUAGUGAGGUUCACCUCCUCCAGGGAUACUAUCUAACAAUGUAACCGUUGUCUUGGCUGUAGUGAGGUUCACCUCCUCCAGGGAUAUUAUAUAACAAUGUAACCGUUGUCUUGGCUGUAAUGAGGUUCACCUCCUCCAGGGAUACUAUCUAACAAUGUAACCGUUGUCUUGGCUGUAGUGAGAGGUCCACCUCCUCCAGGGAUACUAUCUAACAAUGUAACUGUUGUCUUUGUUGUAGUGAGAGGUCCACCUCCUCCAGGGAUACUAUCUAACAAUGUAACCGUUGUCUUGG